AUGUUUGGGCAUUCAACCAGUAAACUUAGAGGAAAAAUAGUAUGGAUUACGGGUGCGUCGAGCGGUAUUGGGGAGGCGCUCGCGUAUGAAUUGGCUGCUAAUGGCGUCAAAUUAGCCAUUUCUGGCACUAAUGUUAGUCGACUUGAAGAAGUGAAGAGGAACUGCAUCUCAUUGAAUCAAUUAAAAGAAGAAGACGUUUUGAUUCUAAGCUUUAAUGUGAAAGACUAUUCACAACACCAAAAGCAAUUCAAUUCAGUCAUCACUCACUUUAAAACGCUCGAUAUUCUGGUGUCCAAUGCGGGUAAGGGUCAGAGAGCAGAGUUCGCUAACAUUGACAUCGAUGUCGACAAAGAGAUGUUUGAAAUCAAUGUCUUCGGACUCAUUAAUUUGUCGCGAAUUGCUUUGAGAUAUUUCCUUCAAAAUAACAUUAAAGGGCAUCUCGUGGUCACUUCAAGUAUAGCCGGAAAAUCGGGUGCUCCAAACUCGAGCUCAUAUUCUGCGACCAAACAUGCCUUACAUGGUUACUUUGAAAGCGCUCGCAUUGAGACCAAAUCAAAGGGUAUUUCAGUGACAAUGUUAUGUCCCGGACCUGUGGUCUCCCGGAUUGCAGAGAAUUCUAUGGGUGCCGUGAAUUGUGUGCUUCCUAUUUAUCUGAUUAUCGUAAACAUCAUUGGAUUGAUUAGUGCCGCACAAGAGUUAUUGUGUCUUCAGAUCCUGUACGCAAUUCUCAUCACAUUAUCGCCACUAUUCCUGUUAUGUAUCGUUCCCUGGAUUAUAGUCUUUGGUAUUGUUAACCGUUGGGGUCCAGUUCCAAGACCCGGUCAACCCUCCCAUGUCGUUGUGGUUCAUCACAAUGUCUAA